CUGAGACUUAUAAGAAGAGUUGGCUCUUCUUCUCGCUCUCAGCUCUCAUCCACUCUUCAUCUUCGCCCGCCGCCCAUCUCUAAACAGGGAAGAAUGGUGGCUGGGAUGGUAAUGGUGCGUCCAUAUGUGUCGGCCUCCUCUCUAAGUCGAGCUCUGACGUCAGCAGCAUCUGCCCUUAGUCGAGCUCUACCAACCUUAUUUGCUGAACCAAGGAAAAAUUGGUUGGUGUGUGAGACUCAGAGCAUGAAACUAUUAAAUGAUAGUGCAACUACCAACAAACACAGAAGCACAAGGAGACUGGUGUUUGGCAGUGGGAGGAGGUUCAGUACUCGAGCUACCCACAUCAGUGAUGCUGGAUCCAUUGGCUCCCCUCUCAUGCAGUCCAUGGAGAACAAGAUCAAGGAACAGCUGAAUGCAGAAUCUGUUAUUGUUAAAGAUGCUAAUGGGGAUGGUCGGCAUGUUAGCAUUGACAUUGUAUCUUCAUCCUUUGAGGGCCAAUCUGCUGUCAAUAGGCAGAGGAUGGUGUACAAAGCGAUAUGGGAGGAGCUUCAAAACACAGUGCAUGCAGUAGAUCAGAUGACUACUAAAACCCCGGAGGAAGCAGCUACACAAAAGUGAUACCAGUGUUAGUUGAAAAUUGGAGGUCACACUCGCCUGAUUUAUUCCCUCACUAAAUCUCCAUAAUUUAUGAUCCUUUUAUCUGUCGAUGAUUUUAAAUGAUCAUAAUAGCCACUAGGAACGGCAUGAGUAGGAGCAUUAUGAUCUCUUUGCUGUAUUCUUGUAAUCUUAGAUAUUUCUAUCUUCUUUUAUGUAGUUUUUCUUUCACCUUUUUAUGAUGAAUAAAUUACGUAUUGAGCUGAGGCUCUAUUCUUUUCA